AUGAAGGAAAGUCUUCAAGAGUACUCUAUAGAGCUCAAAAGUCUUGCCUUGAAGAUUCUCAACCUAAUAGCAAAAGCAUUAGGAAUGAAGCAUGAAGAAAUUGAAUUGCUUUUAAAAGAAGGGAUGCUUUUAGAAGAAGGGUUGCAAUCCAUGAGGCUCACUUACUAUCCUCCAUGUCCUCAACCUGAGCUGGUCACAGGCCUCUGCCAUCACUCUGAUCCUGUUAGCCUCACCAUGUUACUCCAAAUCAAGGAAAAUGACGCUUGGGUUCCUGUUCUUCCACUUCCUAAUGCUUUUAUAGUCAAGGUUGGUGAUAUCCUAGAGGUAAGGAUUCGCAUAAAUAUAAGGCUUUAUUGUGAAUUGCCCCAUUGA